AUGUGCACACAGGAUUUACCGUUGUUCGAUUUGGAGAACAACAGUACCAUUUUCUUCUUUGAUCAGCUUAUAGCUUUUAAUCAAGUCUACACAGUACUCCAUCGUUAUCUAUGUCUACUUGUGUGUUUUUUCGGUGUCCUUCUCAACAGUCUUCAUUUCUAUGUGUUAACAAGGAAAACAAUGCGAGUAUACAUAAUAAACGCUCUACUGUGUGCCAUGUCAAUAUGUGAUAUUAUCACAAUGACUUCCUACUUUAUCUAUAUUCUACGUUUCCGAAUAUUUGACUCUCCAUCCACUACAAUUGGCUAUUCAUAUCCUUGGCUGAUAUUUCUGAUAACUCAUGUGACGUCAUCAAUCGCUCUUCAUACAACUUCACUAUAUCUGUCUGUAAUUAUGGCCUAUAUCCGAUGGACAGCGUUGGAUCGAUUAGAUGCAAAGUGGAUUAAUCAUGGAGCAUUAAAACAGAUUUUAAUCUUUACUGCAUUAAUUGUCUCUAUUAUUUCGAUUCCUACAGUAAUGGUACACAAAAUUGUACCGGUUAUGGAAGUGCUAGGAGUCAAUGAAACGGAUGCAGUUGGUGGAGGACUUAAGCUCGAAGGUCUGUACACCGUCCAACUCGAUGAAACGAAGAUAAACGGAUGUGCACUCUUUCGCGUGAAUCUUUGGAUUACAGGAGUUAUGUUCAAGGCUCUGCCUUGCCUUCUAAUCCUCUGGUUCACAAUUGCUCUAAUUUACAAACUGAUUCAAAUGAGCGAGAAAAGAAAAAUUCUACGAGGAGAAAAAAGGGAAAAAGAGGAAUUUCAACUAUUGGCAACUUCAUCAACACCAACGAAUACAACAAGAGAUGAACCGUCACCAAGGAUUCGAAAAGUUUCGCAAUGUCGUAAUGUCUCCAUCGACCGAACGACUCUAAUGCUUAUCAUAAUGUUGGUCGUUUUUCUAUGCACUGAAAUGCCACAAGGUCUGCUGGCGAUACUGUCAGCUAUUUAUCCGACACAUGUCCAUACAAUGAUUUAUGUCAAUGUUGGAGAGGUUCUCGAUUUGAUGUCUCUCAUCAACUGCCUUACAUCAUUCAUUGUCUACUGUGUGAUGAGUACUACGUACAGAGCCACAGUAAAAUCUGUUUUGUGUCGUCCCAGUAAUCGAGGAACUGUUUUCAAAAAUACCCAUCUUCUGCUCAAUUCCUAUAGAAUACAGGUCUCUUAG